AAGAAAGAAAAGCCUUCGCCGAGAAGGCAAACCAACAAAACGCGGAAGAGGAUGAGACUGUAUCACACGGCUAUUAAAGCAGAAGAGCGACCUCGGAAUCCAACUGUGAUGAAGACCAAAUCCCCGCGUUCUCUCCCAAUCCUACUAGCACUACUCUUCCUCGCGGCGGCGGCGGCGGCGGCAGCGCAGAUCGCCAUGGCGGCCGAGCCGGAGCAGGCGGCCCCCGCGGCGGCGCAGGAGGAGACGGCCGUGCACAUCGUCUACGUGGACCGCCCCGCGGACGCCGACCCCGAGGAGUUCCACAUCCGCACCCUCGCCGCCGUCCUCGGCAGCGAGAAGGCAAAGGAUGCGGUGCUGUACCACUACAAGCACGCCGCAAGCGGCUUCUCUGCAAAGCUGACUCCCAAGCAGGUCGAGGAGCUCAAGAAGCAACCUGGUGUUCUUCAGGUUGUACCAAGCCAGACUUACCAGCUCCAUGGACCUGGGGCUACCACAACGAACACCGUGGGCCUUAUGAACCGGCUUGGCUGACAGGCCGAGAGGGUUGUGUAGUAUACUGUACCAGUGUUCUGGUGAGUGCAUCUAAUGGUUGUAAUAUAUAAGAAUAAGAAAUGCAACACCUGUGCAUCCAAUGGAUACAGUGACCCUUUAGCUUGUGUCCGAACUUUGUAAUGACUCGUCAAAAGAAAAAAAAUUGUAAUGCGCUACAUAAUAUGUGCUGAUCUAAUGUUAGCGAAGAUCAAUUUACCAUAAGAAGUAUAGACUGCCUGUACUUUGGGUCGUGA